AAUCGUAACACUGAAGUCUUCAUUUAUCCCUGUCUAUGCAAGAAGCAACACCUUACAAUUUGUUUCCAUCUCCAUGGAUCUUCAGAUCUUUGAUAUGUUAGCUCCUAUUUCCCUUUUCUUCCUGAUGCUGGUGGCACUGAAAUUGGGGAGGAAUCUCACCAAAACCAAGCCAACUCCAAAGACACCUCCAGGACCAUGGAAGCUACCUAUCAUAGGAAAUAUACCCCAUCUUGUUACACCAACACCACACAUAAAACUAAGAGACUUAGCCAAAAACUAUGGACCCUUGAUGCAUCUCCAACUGGGAGAGGUCUUCACUGUAGUUGUUUCCUCAGCAGAAUGUGCCAAAGAGGUAAUGAAAACUCAUGAUCUUCUCUUUGCAUCAAGGCCUCUGAUUCUAGCCUCAAAGAUAAUCGGUUAUGAUGCCACAAACAUAUCUUUUUCCCCUUAUGGAAAUUAUUGGAGACAGUUGAGGAAAAUUUGCACAGCUGAGCUUUUCACUCCAAAACGUCUCAAUUCUUUCAAGCCUAUAAGAGAAGAAGAGCUCUCAAGUCUCAUCAAAAUGAUUGCUUCAGAAAAUGGCUCACCAUUCAAUCUCUCUGAGGCACUUCUCACAUCCAACUAUGCUAUAAUUUCGAGGGCAGCUUUUGGCAAGACGUGCAAAGAGCAAGAAGAAUAUAUAUCAGUGGAAAAGGAAGUGCUUAAGGCUGCAGGAGGAUUUGAUAUUGGAGAUUUGUUUCCUUCAGCCACAUGGCUCCAAAAUUUUACUGGUUUGAGGCCUACCCUUGAGAGAUUGCACCGAAAAAGUGAUCAAAUACUUGAAAACAUCAUGAGGGAGCACAAAGAUAGAAAGUCAAAAUCCAAAGAAGGUCUGGUUGAAGCAGAAGAGGACCUUGUAGAUGUCCUUCUAAAAUUUCAGGAUGAUAGUGGUGAAGAUCAGGAUAUUUGCUUGACUGAUGACAACAUCAAGGCUAUAAUUGAUAAUAUCUUUGCUGCUGGAGGUGAGACAUCGGCAACUACCAUAGAUUGGACAAUGGCAGAGAUGAUAAGGAAUCCAAGGGUGAUGAAGAGAGCACAGGCCGAAGUGAGAGAGGUAUUCAAGAUGAAUGGAAGGGUUGAUGAAACUUGCAUCAAUGAAAUGAAAUAUUUGAAGUUAGUUAUCAAAGAGACCUUGAGGUUACACCCACCAGCACCUCUUUUACUUCCAAGAGAAUGUGGACAAACAUGUGAGAUUGAUGGGUAUCAUAUACCAGUCAAAAGCAGGGUAAUUGUGAAUGUUUGGGCAAUUGGAAGAGAUCCAAACAGUUGGAGUGAGCCAGAGAGGUUUUAUCCUGAGAGAUUCAGUGAUAGCUCUGUUGACUACAAAGGGAAUAAUUUUGAGUUCAUUCCAUUUGGUGCUGGAAGAAGAAUAUGCCCAGGUAUCACAUUUGGUUUGAUGAAUGUUGAACUCACACUUGCACUUUUGUUAUAUCACUUUGAUUGGAAGCUUCCCAAUGGAAUGAAAGCUGAGGAAAUGGACAUGACUGAGCAAUUUGCACUAACUGUUAGAAGAAAAGAUUAUCUGUUUUUGAUUCCCUCCAUUGCAACACGAUGCUCAUAAACCAAUGUUAUCUAUGGUUUGUUAGGUUCACCACUGAAUAAAGUGUUUGCCUUUUAUCUUUUGUUGAUUUCGGUAGAACUGAAAAGUUAUUAAUGAUGUGCCUCAUGUUAUGGAGGCAAAUAUGAUUAUGCAAUACUUGUAAUAUUGAACUAUGCACAUAAAUUUCCUUUUGAGUGACUUUAAUCAAUGACUUGGAUUUUUAAGA